CAGGAAAAAGUAGUGACUCCUGUAUGGGGGGAAAAAAAAAAUUGUACUUCCAAGUUCCAACUGAUAAUCCGUGCCUCUGGUUACGCACUUUGCAUACAUAGAUGCUUCUUCUUCCUCUCUGACCCAUUCAACUUUUUCUAACAUCUACACAAACUCAAAACAACACUACAUAAAACCUGCAACUUCCAUGGCUCACAAUACUUACUCUUUCUCAGUCCCUUCUUCCAAACGCCGAAAGAUUCUUCGGCAGCAUCACCCGCCGCCGCUUAUACCCGGUCUUCCCGAUCACAUAGCCCAGCCCUGUCUCGCUCUGGUUCACCCUUCACUCCUCUUCUCCGUUUGCCACUCAUGGCGUCGCCUUAUAUACUCCUCUUCCUUCCCUCCCUUUCUCUCUCUCUACGCCGUUUUGACUUGCAAGCAUUCCGACUCUAUCCGCUUCUACAGCUUUGAUCCCGUCUCGUCCCACUGGCACACCCUCCCUCCGCCGCCACCGGACCCUCCUCUCCGCAUCCUCCUCCGCCACCCAUCCUUCCUCUCCCGUAACCUCCCAAUCCAGUCCGUCGCCGUCGCCGGCAACCUCGUGCUUCUCGCCGCCACGGCCAACAACCUCUACCCCGCCCUCUCCCGCCCUCUCAUCUUCAACCCCCUAAGCCGGGACUGGAACGUGGGCCCCACACUCCCCAAUCCUCGCCGGUGGUGCGCCCUGGGCGUGGCUCGCGGCUCGAUCUACGUAGCUAGCGGAAUCGGAGCGCAAUUCUCCAUCGACGUCGCUCGGUCGCUCGAGAAAUGGGAUUUAAACGGGAAAUCCGGCGAGGUUUGGGAGAAGAAAACGGGUCUGAAGGACGGAAGAUUUAGCAGAGACGCAAUCGAUGCGGUGGGAUGGAGAGGGAAGAUCUGUAUGGUGAACGUGAAAGGAAAUGCGGCGAAGGAGGGAAUCAUGUACGACGUGGAGAAUGAUGAGUGGAACGACAUGCCGGAGGGGAUGUUAUUGGGAUGGCGAGGACCGGUGGCCGCCAUGGAUGAGGAAGUCAUGUACGCGGUGGACGAGGCGAGGAGUGCUCUUAGCAGGUACGAUGCGAGGAACGAUUCUUGGGAAGAGGUUAUGCAAUCGGAGAGGCUGAGAGGAGCGGAGCAACUCGCAGCUCAAGGUGGAAGACUUUGCGUGGUUUCAGCCGGUGGCGCAGGGAUCUCAGUGGUGGACGUGGUGUCGUCGCCGGCGCGACUAUGGGCUGUGGAUUUGCCAGCGGGUUUUGAAGCAGUCGCGGUUCAUAUAUUACCCAGAAUGCCGAUUCCUGAACCGCCGGACUCGUCCGACCAAGAUUGAUUUUUUCCCCAUUUUUUAUUUUCUUUUAAAAAGUUAAAAUCCUAACUUUUAUUUCAUGGGUGAUUUUAUUUAUACUCUUAUAAAUAUAAAUACAUUAUUUUUUGGGUUUGGGGUAGUUUAGUUUGGACUUGCUGAAAAGUGAAAAUUUGUCGAUUAGUGGAAAAGGGAUUACAAAGGUAUGGGGCGAAUGAGAAUGAAGAUAAUAUAAUAUUGGUUGGUCGUGUUGUACAAUGCCGGCAACGAGAGGAUGAAACAGGGAAUAUCACGUGCCAAUCCUUUGUGGUUGACACUUGACACCGUCAGAUCAUACUUGUCUUUCAAGCUUCAACUUGGAUUUAGUCUGUAAGAGAGGAAAUCACGAGAAUUUUUCUUUUCUUUUUUUUUUUAACUGGAAAAUAAACAAGCUAUUCCUAUUCGUGCGUUGCCCUGAUUUUUUUGUUUG